AGUGGGACUUUGUCAGUUUCCUGUCCUCCCUGGAUCUCAGCUUGUUGCUCUCCCAACAAGGGCUGUAUUACUGGAUCCCUUCUUGCUCCAAAGCUCUAAACCUGUGAGUUGGAGUUCACUGGCUGGAUCUGUCUGUAUAUGGAACUUCCCUGAUCUCCCUGCCAAGUUGUCUUUCUGAUUCCCAGCUGACAAGCCCAGUCUUCUCUUCCUGUGGAGGGAGUGGUGUUUGCUCUUAGAAGGCAGAAACUGGCAGAGAGAGGAGAGCGGAAGCACAGAAGAGAGGCUAGGUCUUCCUGGAGUUCUCACUGGCUGAUUCAUAAAGCCAGCUGGAGCAGCAGCUUCAAGAAGACAAACACAGCUUGAGCUUUGAACACUACUUCGAUAGCCUCAUAUCAGGAAGAGGUAAAGGGAGGAGGAAUUGGGCUUGUCUGGCCUUCCUGCCAGAGCCGAGAAAGAUGCAGCUCUCUCUGGGAAAUAUGCUCCCUUCUUUUUGGGAAGGAGUCCCCCUACAGAACCUCCUUCUGCUCUCUGCCAUCGUCCUGAUCCUGGCACAUUAUCUGCAGAGCAGGAGACAACAUCCAAACUAUCCCCCUAACCCUCCCCGGCUGCCCAUAUUGGGCAAUUUCUUCCAGAUGGACCUCAAAAACCCCCAAGCCAACAUCCUAAAGCUAGCCAAGAAAUAUGGAAAUGUUUUCUGCUUGUAUUUGGGCAAUCUUAAUUUAAUGGUGGUAACUGGAUUGCCACUGAUCAAGGAGGUUCUGCUCAAUCAAGACCAGGUGUUCAUUGAUCGUCCUCAAAUCCCUGUCCACUUCCAUGUCUUUAAAAGAUUUGGCUUAUUCAUGUCUAAUGGCCCAGCAUGGAAACACCAAAGAAGAUUUGCCUUAAUGACCCUUAGGAAUUUUGGUUUGGGGAAGAAGACUCUGGAAGAUCGUAUCCGGGAGGAGGCCAUGUAUCUUACUGAGGCUAUCAGGGAAGAAAAAGGGCAGCCCUUUGAUCCCCACUUUCAGCUCAACAAUGCUGUUUCUAAUAUCAUUUGCUCCAUAACUUUUGGGCAUCGCUUUGAGUACCAUGAUUCUCAGUUUCGGGAGCUGCUGAAGAGUUUGGAUGAUGUCACAGUGCUUGAAGGCAGGUGGGAGUGCCAGCUCUUCAAUAUAUUUCCUUGGAUAAUGAAAUUCUUGCCAGGAGGUCACCAGAAAUUCUUUGGAGAAUGGAAGAAGCUAGAAUCUUUUGUAGAACAGGUGAUUAAACAACACAAGGAAAAUCUGAACCCAGAGGAGCCCCAAGACUACAUUGAUGCUUACCUAAAGGAGCUGUCCAAGGAUAACAUCCAUUCUAGUUUUAAUGAAAAAAAUUUAGUCUUCUGUACCCUGGACCUCUUCUUUGCUGGAACAGAGACAACUUCAACCACUCUGAGGUGGGCACUUCUUUAUAUGGCCCUUUAUCCGGAGAUCCAAGGCAAAAUACAAGAAGAGAUAGACAGGGUGAUUGGCCAAUCUCGCCAGCCUACCAUGGCUGAUAAGGAGAAUAUGCCCUAUACUAACGCAGCUGUUCAUGAAGUUCAAAGAAUGGGAGAUAUUAUUCCUUUCAAUGGGCCCAAAGUGGCCACAGUUGACACCACAGUGGCAGGAUAUUAUGUGCCAAAGGGGACUGUAUUGACAACCAACUUGACUGCCUUGCACAGGGAUCCCAAGGAGUGGGCUACCCCAGAAACCUUCAACCCAGAACAUUUUCUGGAGAACGGUCAAUUUAAGAAAAGAGAGUCUUUUCUGCCUUUCUCAAUGGGAAAGAGGGUGUGCCUGGGAGAACAGCUGGCUCGGACUGAACUCUUCCUUUUCUUCACCAGCCUGCUCCAGAAGUUCACGUUCCAGGCUCCUCCAAACACCCAGCUGAACCUGGACUCCCGAACUGGAUUAACCAUUUCUCCUGCCCCCUAUAAAAUCUGUGCCAUUCCUCGAGAGAUGUAAUCAAGCCAGGCCUGGGGUGGGGGUGGGGGGCAAUCUUCCAACGGACACAGGGGAAAAUCUGGAACCAUCCUCAUUUUCCCUGCCUUUGGAGUUUGGCUGGGAACAGGGAGAUAAGUCAAGGAGGGAAAAAGAGGGGAGAGACCAAAGGAGGAUAUCUGUGACCCAGUUUGAACACUCCCAUUCAGAAAAAGGAGAGGUGUGAACAUCAGCAAAAGGGAAGCACAGACUCCUUACUGGAUAUGAAGAUUUGAAGGCUGAGUUCCAAUCCCAGUCCUAUCACCUACCAACUGGAUGAUUUGGGGGCAAGUCCCUUGAACCUUGGCUUCUGUUUUCAAAUCUAAAAUGAGGAAGAGAAAGAUCUCUGAAGUCCCUUCUAGUUCUAAAUCAACAACCCCCCAAUUCUCUGAACAGAGAACCAUUGCUUUUUUUCUUCCCCUGCCUCAACAGAGGAGCGAGAUGGGGUUUUUGUUUGCAAUGAUUCCUCUCUCUCAUUAUAACUCAUACAAUGGAUGUGAUUUGAGGGAAGCUUUUUCAGGGAAGAAUUUAAAUGAGGUAGAGGAAGUGUUGAUGAUACUUAGUUUGAUGAUAACGGUCCAAAGAAAUCCUUAUAGAUUGUGAACUCCUUGUGGGCAGUUUUUCUGUCUUUGGAUUUACAGCAUCCAACCCAGUGACCAGUCUAGAGAAGGAGCCCGAUAAAUAUGCCUGAUUGCUUGAUCUCUAACUAUUGACUUUUAUGUUAUUUCGUUUGACUUUCAAUGUGUGAAAUAUUAAUUCAUAAGUUGAUGAGCUAAGUUCCUCAUCCCUAUGAAAAGAAUUGUUAUACAUGAUAAAUUAUAAUUAUUCCACUAUUAAUUAUAUUCACAUAGGUUAGGAAUGCCCUGAUCUUUGCUUUGCUCACCUACUAAAAUUCUCCAUUCUUGUUAAAGUUUCCGUGUUUCUAUCAAAGGUGCUUACACAAGUUAUAUUUCCAUGCUGGUUAUGGAAACCCUUAUAAAACCCAAGUGAAAUAGAAGAUGGAAGGGCCUAUAGUAAUCUAUAAUAUGAUAAGCCCAAAGAUUCAAGCUUUUGGAACAAAAACUCAUUACUGGACAAAAAAUUUAAAAAAAUAAAUUUAAAAAAAUAUUCUGGAAAAACUAGAAAAGAAUAUGGCACAAAUUAAUUGCAGAUCAACAUCUGAUGCACCAUACCAACAUAAAGUCAAAAUGGGUACAUAAUUUAGAUAUAAAAGAUGAUACCCCAACCAAAUUAGGAGAUCACAGAAUAGUUUAUCUAUUAGAUCUAUGAAUAAGGGACAAAUUUAGGAUCAAAUAAGAUAUAUGAGCAUUGCAAAAUGUAAAACAGAAAAUUAUCUUUAUGUAAAAUUUAAAAAGUUUUAUACAAACAAAAUUAAUGCAACCUAAGUUAAAAACAGAAAACAGAAAGCAGAAAAUUAUGGUGAAAAUUACCAAGAAGUUUCUUUAAUAAAGUUUUCAUUUUUCAAAUAUAUAAAGAAUUUGUCCAAAUUUGUGAAAAUAACUCAUUCCCUCAGUGAUAAACUGUCAAAGGAUAUGAACAGGCAGUUUUUAGACAAAUAAGUCAAAACUAUCUAUAUUCACAUAAAAUAAAAUGGUCUAAAUCUCUAUUAGAGAGAUGCAAAUUAAAACAUCUCUGAUGUACCCCAUAUCUAAGAUUAUUUAAGAUGACAAAAAAGGAAAGUGAAAAACAUUGGAGGAGAUGUGGGAAAACUGGGCCCCUAAUGCAUUGUUGGUGGAAAUGUGUAAUGAUCCAACCAUUCUGGAGAGCAAUUUGAAACUAUUCCCAAAGGGCUAUCAAACUGUUCUUCACCUUUAACUGGGAAAUACUACUUCUAGGUCUAUAUCUCACAUAAAAAUGAGGAGGAAAAUAUUGGUAAAAAAAAAUAUUUAUAGAAGUUCCUUUUGUGGUGGUUAAGAACUGGAAAUGGAAGUGAUGCAUGUCAUGUGACAAACUAGCUCUGAAAUUGGCUUGUGAUUGAAUAUUGAGUUACAGAAAUGAUUUUAUAGCAGAAUGAUUUCAUAAAAACUUUAAAAAAACCAUGUGAAUUGAAACAACGUAAUGUGAACACCACCAGGAGAACAUUGUGUAUAGUGACAGCAAUAUUGUACAAUGAAGAACUGUAAAUAAUGUAGCUAUUUGCAGCAAAACAAUACUCCAAGAUAAGUCCAGAAUAAUGAUGAAGCAUAUUUUCUUUAGAGAAAGAACUAAUACUGCCUAAAUAUCAACUGAAGCAAAGUAUUUUUCACUGCCACUUUUCAUUUUUUUUUAGCUUUCUUGUGCAAAAUGAUUAAUUUGGAAAUGUUUUAUCUGAUGGCUUCCAAUUUCAGCGAGGGGUAAAGGGUAGGAAGAGAUAGCAUUUAUAACUCAACAUUUAAAAUAAUGUUAAAAAUUGUUGUAACAUGUAAUUUGGAAAAUUAUA